CGCGAGGCUGACCACCAGCUAGUAGCGCUGAGGCUGAGCGCGUCGUGUGUGCGCCUCGCUUUCUUCCUUCCCUUAUUGCCUAGGUUAAAGCGAACAAUACAGGUAGAGUUUUUUUAAACAAAAAUGGCGAAAGGGGACCCCAAGAAGCCGAAGGGAAAGAUGUCUGCUUAUGCGUUCUUUGUGCAGACCUGCCGUGAAGAGCAUAAGAAGAAAAAUCCGGAAGUUCCCGUCAACUUUGCAGAAUUUUCGAAGAAAUGUUCGGAGAGGUGGAAGACCAUGUCAAGCAAAGAGAAGGGGAAAUUUGAUGAGAUGGCGAAAGCUGACAAAGUACGGUAUGAUAGAGAAAUGAAGGAUUACGGGCCAGCGAAGGGUGGGAAGAAGAAGAAGGACCCAAAUGCUCCAAAACGGCCCCCGUCUGGAUUUUUCCUCUUCUGUUCGGAAUUCCGUCCCAAAAUCAAAUCCACCAAUCCAGGCAUUUCCAUUGGAGACGUGGCAAAGAAAUUGGGCGAAAUGUGGAACAACCUCAGUGACAGUGAGAAGCAGCCUUACAACAACAAAGCUGCUAAGCUGAAGGAGAAAUACGAGAAGGACGUUGCAGAUUACAAGUCUAAAGGCAAGUUUGAUGGUGCGAAAAGCGCAGCCGCUAAAGCAGCCGCCACAGCUCGGAAAAAAGUAGAGGAGGAGGAAGACGACGAGGAAGAGGAGGACGAGGAGGAGGAGGAGGAGGAAGAUGAUGAAUGAGAAACUGUGUAUAAUUCUUGUUUCCAUGUGAAUACCAUAGAGUAGGGGAAACACCAUUCGGAAAAGAAAAAUCCGGCGCCUCUCGCUCGAGAUGGUGCCUUAUUUGCCCUUUAUUAGGAUUCAUGACACAAAUUUGGAUUUUGAUCACGACACUGUAGCCUCUUUGGAAGUAAACAAAUAAAAAGCGCGCUAGGAAAAUACAGAAAGAAAUCAGACAAAACCAUUGUAACUGGUUUACGUUCAGUAGCUGGGGGCGCCCCUCGGUGCCCUGAAACUGUAACAAAGCUGUACAUAUUUCCAAACAUUUUUAAAACAAAAAAAAGGGGAAAAAAAAGUGGAAACAAAGGCGCUCUAGUGUUCUCCUCGACUCUGUGCACUUUCCUGUCGGUGUAACAAAGCAUUUAAAAAUGUUUCAAGCAUCUUAUUUUUUAAUUUGUAAGGUGGUGUUUAACUAUAUGGUUAUUGGCUAGAAAAUCCUGGGUUAUAAACUGUACAUAUCUAUAGUUUGUAAAUUCUUGUAGUUCACGCUUUGCUGACCCCUGAGAAGGGAACGGCUUUAGGAAAAAGCCUCGUUUUCCCUCGGAAAGGGCUGCGUCUCAAAGCGUGCACUGCGAAAGUAGAUCUAAUUUACACUACAGUGGGCGUACAUUUAGCUUAAAGUUGUCUUUCUGUAUAUAGUGAAAUAGCAUUCUGCGGCCAUUCUUAGUUGUGAAAGAAGGGGGGGGGAUUCAGCUGGCAUGAGAAGGAAAAAAAUCGUAUGGAAUCCUUUUUUUUUUCCUUUAUUUUAGUUUAAAGUGGGGUCGUUUUUAAACCAAAGCGGUAAGUCUCCUUCAUUGUCAACUUAAAAGUGAGGAGAGGGCGCAGAACAGUUCAAAAACACCUCUGUACUUAAACGAAAAAAAAUUGCAAAAAACAUUAUGUUGGUUCUUUUGUAUGUUUAGAAUGCUGAAAUGUUUUUGAAGCAAAAAUAAACAGUAUUACAUUUUUAAAACUUCUUGACAAUAUUCUAAAGUUCCUGCUUUUAACCAGGUUUUAUCUUUAGCAGUAGCCGCAGCAAAAAAGAUAAAUGAAAUGAAAUGAAAUAAUGCCACCGUUCCACCUCCCGAGAAUGAUCACGAUGGGCAAAUUGAUCUGAGAAAGACGUCCACUUGGGUGGAUUUGCUGUUAAGAGAUACUAUGCAAAUUUGAAUCUUAUUACUUGAAAAUCAAAAGCUAAGUGAAUACUUAACGGUGUGAGAACCACCAUUUGCAAAGGUAGGUGACUUAAGGAAGGGAGAGCAGAGAUUUCUUUAUAGAUGUGUGGGGUACAUUCGUUGCCCAAAUGCUGUGCUUUGUAAAUAUUAAAAUGUGCCUUUUUUGUCUUGUGUUUAAACUG